AUGUCGGCAUACAGCAUCCUCAGUCCGUUACCUGAGGAACAUUUCCGAUGUUUGAUCUGUCUGGACGUCUUCACUGAACCGGUCACCACACCUUGUGGUCAUACCUUCUGUGGGUCCUGCCUCAGCCAGCAGUGGAGCGACAGCGAGUUUUGUCAGUGUCCAAAGUGUAACAAAAGGUUCCUCAUGAAGCCAGAGGUCUCCACAAAUGAAGUCAUAGCUGAAAUGUCAGUCCAAAUAAAGAGAAGGAAAACCGAGGCACUUGAAAGCAGCAACGCUCCGUGGCAGGUGAAGUGUGACGUGUGCACAGACGUUAGAUUCAAGGCCUCCAAGUCGUGCCUGGUGUGUCUGGCGUCGUACUGCGACGGACACCUGGAGCCCCACCAGCGGGUUCCUGCCCUGAUGAGACACAAGCUGGUGGAGCCCGUGGAGAACCUGGAGGAGAAGGUUUGUGAGAAGCACGCAAGGAUCCUGGAGUUUUUCUGCAGGCGGGAACAGGUGUGCAUCUGUCUGCUGUGCUGCGAAGGAGAACAUAGAGAACACGAGACGGUGCCUGUGGAAGAGGAGGGGGCUCUGCAGAAAGAAAAUAUUGAAUCCAAACAAGCGAAAAUCCAGCUCAUGAUCAAUGGAAGAGUGGAAAAGAUAAAGGAAUUUACAAAUUCAUUAGAAAUGAGAAAAGUGAUUGCAGACAAAGAAACUGAGAACGCUGAGAAGCUAUUCACUAACCUAAUGGGCAGAGUUGAAGAAAUGCAAAGCAAAUUGAAGGAAAACAUUCAUACAAAACUGCAAAAAUCCAAAGCAAAAGUCAAGGCGAUGAUUCGGGAGCUAGUAGAGGAGGUUGCAGCUCUGCAGAGGAAACACUCGCAGCUAGAGGAGCUUUCAAAAAAAGAAGACCACCUUCAGCUUCUACAGAUUCUCUUCGCACAAGAACUGAAGAAAACAGGUAAAGCCCAACCGGAAGGCCGGCGGGACGAAUCCAUUGACGAAGCAGCAGAAAGUGAAGGGUCCAGGGAGUUUAUGACAGAGGAAAGUGAGGAAAAUAGUGAGACAGAGUACAGGUGA